CUACACAUCCUAAUACACCCUUCUCUUCCAUUUUCCUUUUUCAGCUCUAUCUUUUUACUUCACUUCCAAUCCAACACUUCAAAAACCUCAAUAAUAAGUCAUAACCACAUAGCUUAGCAUUAACAAUGUCUUUUUUAAUUCUAUUUCUUUAAAUUUUUGUUUUAAGAUUGCAAAUUAUUUUAUUUUACCAUAGGUUCUAACAAAACUAGUUGGUGCGCAGUGUGUGAAUGUUGUAAAUUUUUCGAGUAUAAUUUUUUUUUUUGAACGCAGUAUAUCUAUUUUGUUUAGUUAAUUUUUUUUAGUCUUGAUGGAAUCCAAUGGAAUAUUUCCUACCAUUAAUAAUGGAUUUCUAGCAGUAGAAAACCCUUCAAAACAACAAAACCUUCAAAAUCAACAAAAUCCUCACACUUUACAACAUCACCAAAUGGUUUCAUAUGAUCAACCUCAUCAAUCAAUAAAACAAGGCUACCCUUAUUCAUCAAAAACAAACAAUAACAAACCACAACAACAAAUCAACCUAAGCGACGAAGAUGAGCCGUGUUUCGGAGCAGAUGAAGCCUCUAUUGGUGACCCAAAAAGAAAAGGAUCACCAUGGCAUAGAAUGAAAUGGACAGAUACAAUGGUAAGACUCUUAAUAAUGGCUGUUUAUUACAUUGGUGAUGAAGCUGGUACUUCUGAAUUAGGCACUGAUAAUAAAAAGAAAAACAAUGGUUUGUUACAAAAGAAAGGUAAAUGGAAAUCAGUUUCUAAAGGAAUGAUGGAAAAAGGUUACUAUGUUUCACCUCAACAAUGUGAAGAUAAGUUCAAUGAUUUGAACAAAAGAUACAAAAGAGUUAAUGAUAUUCUUGGUAAAGGAACAGCUUGUAGAGUUGUUGAAAAUCAAAGUUUGAUGGAUACUAUGGAUUUGUCUAUAAAAUUGAAAGAUGAAGCUAGAAAACUUUUGAAUUCAAAGCAUCUUUUCUUUAGAGAAAUGUGUGCUUAUCAUAAUAGUUGUGGACAUGUAAACAACAAUAACAAUUUGCAACAACAAUCGUCGACGGAGACAGAGACUCAACCACAACAUCAUCAACAUCAACAACCGCAGCAGCAACAACCGCAACAACAAUGUUUACAUUCAUCAAAUGGAGUAGGAAUGUUGAAGUUGAAAGGAAAAAGUGGUGAAGAGGAAGAAGAUGAAGAUGAAGAAGAUGAAUGGGAAGAUGAUUCUGAAGAGGAAGAAGAUGAGAAUAUUGAAGAAGAUGAGAAUGUUGAUCAUUUGAGGAAAAAAUCAAAGAAAGUUUCAUCAUUGGUUAUGCAACAGUUGAGUAGUGAAGUGAUGAAUGUGUUGCAAGAUGGAGUGAAGAGUAGUUGGGAGAAAAAGCAAUGGAUGAAGAAAAGGGUGGUGCAAUUAGCAGAAGAACAAAUAAAUUAUCAUGUUGAAGCAUUUGAGAUUGAAAAACAAAGGUUAAAAUGGGCAAAGUUUAGUGGUAAUAAAGAAAGGGAAAUGGAGAAAAAUAAACUUGAAAAUGAAAGGAGGAGUUUGGAAAUUGAUAGAAUGGUUUUGUUGCUUAGACAGAAGGAGCUUGAGUUGCAGAAUACUCACCAGAUGCAACAGCAACAGCAGCAGCAGCAUUCUUCUACUUAGAUAAGAAGAAAUUUAUGUAAAUUUUGUGGUUGGUGAUGUUGUUACAAAGAGAUUUGCAUUAGUGAAAAUGGUUAUUCAUUUUA